AUGACCACGCAGUCGGUCCGCGGCAGUUUCAGUCUGCCAGUGACCACCACAAAGUGUGCAAAAAGGCGCAGGCGUACGCAGGCUCCUACGCCUCUGAAACCGGUCACACGUUUCUCGACUAACAACAAAAGACAAUCAUGGCUGGCAAGGGUGGCAAGGGCAAGGGCGGCCGCGGAGGCAAGUCCAAGUCGCGCACGCGCUCCUCGCGCGCCGGGCUUCAGUUCCCGGUUGGCCGUAUCCAUCGGUUCCUCAAGGAGGGCCGCUACGGCAAGCGCAUCGGCUCGGGUGCUCCGGUCUACCUCGCUGCUGUCCUCGAGUACCUCGCGGCCGAGAUCCUCGAGCUCGCUGGCAACGCUGCCCGCGACAACCGUCGUGCGCGCAUCAACCCGCGCCACAUCCAGCUCGCCAUCCGCAAUGAUGAGGAGCUGA